AUGAACGCGACAAAAUGGAGAAUCUCCAAGGCGUGCCAGGAAUGUCGCGUCAAGAAGAUCAGGUGCAAUGGCGUAAUGCCUUGCCAGAAUUGCAGGCUGAGAAGCCUCGCCUGCGUAUACCGCGAGAAGGCUCGCAAUCGCCCGCGCAAGAUCAAGCCGCGAACAGCCGCAUCUGAGGCAAUCGGGUCACACGAUACCCUCGAAGCGCCCUCAAUCGAGCCAUCAGAUGAGGGCUCAAACGUACCUCUGACUCCUAAUGUAGACGUCGCCGUGUCUGCGUCACCAGCUCCUUCGGCGUUUGCGAGCGAACGCAGUAUCAACAACAAUAGCGUCGCCGCCACUCACCGAGCAUCGCCUUCAUGUCUACUUCAGCUUUACUAUGGGCCCUCGUCAAACUUCGCUUUACUCAACUUGAUAUAUCACCAGAUUGAAGGAACUCGUCCCAAUGUCCCGUCUCGCGAAGGUGUCGAAGAAGUUGGUCCUGGCCUGGAUCUGUUCAGAGAUCGAAGGCUGUUCUUUGGUGACUUGGCAGACAACCAGCGGCCAACGUCAGUCUCCGAGGACUACUCAGCCAUGCUUAUCGACCCAGAAACAGCAAAGAGGUUACUCGACAGAUACAUUCUCACUUACUGGCACGGCUUACCUGUGAUGAGCAAGGAGACUUACCGCCGCCGCCUAGACGCUCUCUUCAAACGACCCAUCCUUGAUUUUGAUUGUCCAGAAACCAUCAUCAUCAUGCUGGCUGUGGGCCUUGGGGCUUCAAUGGCUGGGGAGGAAGCGAUUGCGGAGUUCUUAUUUCAGAAAGCGAAGCAAGGCGCUGCUAAGCUGGAUGAGGUUGUCAACAUACAAGUGUCUGAAAGAGCGCGGCCAAACUCAAGUUUCCUCCACGUCGGUACUGCAGUAAGAACAGCUGUUGCUGCUGGACUUCAUAAAGACGCAUGUAUGCGACCUGGGGAAACACAAGAGGUUGUCGACCAACGGAGGAUCAUGUAUUGGAGUUUAUUCUUCUGGGAAACGUGGAAUUGCUUUGUUGUCGGUCGCCCCAGCUCGAUUCCCGAUCCAGGUCAAAGCAUACCUGUCCCGGGAGAGCAUCAGCUCUUGGUCUCUUUGGCCACGCUAUCCAGGAUCAUGGAUAAAUGCGCCAAGCGCAUCUACAGCCCGCGGCAUGACUCUUUAUUGCCGGUCUGGAAUGCAGCCAUAGAAAUCCGCCAAGAGCUUCACUGUUUCGCAGAACAGCAGCUCAAAGACAUGAAGUUUUGCCUUGUAGGAGACCCGAGCACCGGAGAACGUGGGGUUUGUCAAGCCAUGGUGUCUACGAUGUAUCACCACACUCUUCUGUUGACGUUCCGCCCAUUCUUGAUCCUUCGAGCGAAGUUGAAGCAAGAGAAUUCAUCUUCCGAAAACAUACCUGCGGAGAGCUUACACACGCCUCCACGCUGGCUUGACAACGCCUGUGAAUACUGCCUCGAGGCGGCAAGAAAUUCCAUUGGAUUCUUGACAGCCUCUUGCGCUACCAACAUUCUUUGUCGCGAUAUCAAAUACCAUGGCUUUUUUAUCGAAGGUGCAUGCUACGCUUUGGCCUUUGACAUGCUACAGGAGAAGACGAAGACGGCUCACCGCAACCUCCCUUGGAUCCACUCCGGCCUGAGAUGCCUUCGUUCCAUGGUUACUAAGGCUGGGGCCAAUGCUGGCCAACUACCAACUACAAUUGCUUCAAUCGAGCAAAUGGUCCGCUCCGUAUUUCCGUCUUUCGAGCUGAGGGACGAUGUGGAUCCGGAUGUUCGGCAAGCUCAGGCUCAACAACCCUUAGACUCAACAUUGCCAGGCUCCCCGUUCAUGCCGCACGCUAGCGGGAUCGGAGAGGAGCCGACAUUCACUUUCCCUUCAAUGCCGUUCGGCUUUGAUGUCACUGGGCAGCCGAAUGGAGCCUCUCUCUUGGGUGUAGGAUCGGAAGAAUUGGCAGAUUUCACAGCUGCCGACGUCGGGUGGGACAUCGCCUUUGGCACCAUGAACAUGGAAGCUUUCUUAUCUCUUGAUCGGACUAACGCCUUCAAUUUUGCUCCCUAAUGCCGUCAGGCGGAUCUUAUUCACGAUCACGGU